AUGGACUGUGGUGCUCCGCCCUCAGAAGACAGGUGUUCAGAGGAUGAAGUACUAUAUGAAUGUCCUGAACUUAAGGCAGCUACAAUGACUACCCACUAUUCUUCAGACAGCUCCCUAUCUUCUUACCUGGUAGAUGAAAAUUAUGUAUAUGAUGGACUACCCUCUGACAAAGAAGAGACUAGGGAAGAACCUUUCAUGGAAAGACUGAUGGUGACUACUAUGACUACGACUCCCAUCAUCCAAUCCGCAAAGAAGAAUACUGAAAAACCUCCAUUUGGUCUUGAAAAAGCCAGUGAUGGUACUCUCUUGACAAAAAGAGAAAUCCGGGAUUAUGAAACCCUCCUGAAAUCAAUGGGGUAUGUGAAUGGAAAACCCCCUAAGAACAAUUCUAAUCAAGUCUCAACCUGCUUUUCCUCCCAACCUGUAACCUUAGGUACACUACGUACCCUGAAAAAACCUUCUGAAUCUCAGACUCUCAAUUCUGGGUUAAUGAAGAAGAAUAAUGAACCAAUCUCUACACUACGGAUAAAAGAAAAAAGUUUAACUAAAGAAAUUCCUCCUAAGUGUGUUAAAGCCUCAAAUGGUACAACUGUGCGUCUAAAAUAUCUCAAUAUGUUUGAGCAGAUGCUUAAAGACAAGGAAAAUAGAAAAUCCAAGAGAAAGAAAUGA